CUCUCAAACGAUCUUUGGCGCUUAGCUAAAGUGCUAAAGCUAAAGACGGACAGGCGGAGCAGACUGACCCGGGCAGCGCCGUCCCUCUCUCGGUAUGAUGCCCGGCGACAGCAGCAUGGCUUCCAUCGUGCAGAGAAUCGCCCGGCAGGCUCUCAUCACCUUCCGAAGCCCGCCUCGGUUUGGAGAAGAGCCGGCUAAAUCUUUCCUGGAGAACCAGAACAAACUAAGGAGCCUGAUGACGGAAAUACGAGCCUCGGAUCUGCAGCUCGUCCCGCGGAGAUCCGACGACAUUCCCUCGGGGCUUCCGUACCACGACCCCCCGGUCACCUACAUGCAUAUCUGCGAGACGGACCAGUUCAGCAUGGGGGUAUUUUUGCUGAAAAAUGGAUCCUCGAUACCUCUGCACGACCACCCUGGGAUGCAUGGCAUGCUCAAAGUCAUGUAUGGAAAGGUCAGGAUCAGUUGUUUUGACAGGUUGGCGCAGACCGACGCACCCCCUCCUGCAACCCCGCAUCAGGUGAGCUCUCUGCGGCGUUCUUUGCUCCGAUCCAGCGCUGAAUACACAGAGGAAAGUGGGCCAUGCACGCUCUCUCCGGACCAGGACAAUCUGCACCAGAUCGUCGCCGUGGACGGUCCCACGGCGUUUAUGGAUAUCCUGGCCCCUCCGUACGACCCGGACGAGGACAGGGACUGUCAUUAUUAUAAGGUUCUUGCAGAAGGGGAGGUAAAAACAUCAGAAAAGGACAAGGAGGUCUGGCUCAUGGAGAUCUCACAGCCUCCGGAUUUCUGGUGCGGAGGGGAGCCGUACCCGGGCCCGGAGGUCUGCCUUUGAGCCUGCCCGCAAAAUGCCUCCUUUUUCUCGGGCUGCACUUGGCACAAGGCCGGGGCUUUAUUUUUGGACAAUCUGGGCUAUAAAUGAAGGGUCACUGUAAAUCAUUAGUGAAGCCAUUACAUUCAUAAUGAGGAUCUGAAUGUAGCUGUUCAGUUUCAUGGUCCUGCAACUGUUCGUGGACUAAUCAUCAACUCAUUUAACAGUCGAUUAAAAGUCAUGCUUCGUGCAAAUGAGUCAGAAAAUGCUGCUCAUGCCUCAAAAACAUGGAUAUUUCAUGCUUUUUUCCUGAUUUAUAUCUUCUUUAUAGUGGAUAUCUUUUGGUUUUGGACCAGACAUUUGAUUACACCUUGGACUUUAAUAAACCUGGGAUGGACACUUCCCUUUUCUGGGCACUAUCUACACCAAAGUUAUCGUGAAAUAAACAGCACAACAUUAGGUGGCUUCCUCUGUAUGUUUUGCUAACAUGGCUGCUAAGCAGGUGCACUGUUCAACUUAUAUUUCAAUCUCAUUUGAACAUAAAGAUAUUGGAGCCCAAAGGAAAGUUUGUACUGAGAUCACAACAUUUCUGAAUCUGUAUUAAGAGUAAAAAAAUAAGUGAUUAUACAGUGUUUUACUUCUAUUGCACUGGUGUCAAAUACACAUUUCAGAUCAUACCUUACCCUCAGAAAGACAUGGAAUCAGAUAUUAGUGUCCAGCUUUGUUUCUUCCAUUUGUAAUAGAUAGAUAUCACGUUGUAGAAGACAUUUCAGUGUACAGGUGUUUAUCAGGAGUGAACAGGAGGAUUUCUGAGGCCUUUAUCUCGCAUGUUGCUUUGCCACUGAACACCUACCAUGUUUCAUCUUAUGCACUUCUGGCUUUAUUUGAUGGACUCUGUUUAAAUAAAGGAGGUAUCAUUGUGUAAUCCAAUAUAAAAGCAUAUAAUCAAUCAGGUGACUGGUUUCAGAUCUGAAAAUCACCAAAAUUGGAGCUGUAAAUGAUCUGAGUAAUGUGCUUAAAAUAAGACCCUGUAAGGUAUUUUUGGCAAGAGAGAUGCCAAGUAAUGAUGAAGUUGAUACAGGGUGCUAAUGCUGCGUUCAUGAACAGUCGGAAAGGCAGAGUUUGCUCCUUUGGGGAAGACUUCUGAAUGUAAGCAUAACCUUUAACACUGAAAAUUUCAGCUUCCAGUAUUGCAUGUGCAGUAAGACCAGCAGCUGUUGUGUGUUGCAUGCAUUUUCCACGCUGCAGCUCUGACUAUAAAUACUUCAUCCAGACUUCUGGCUGCUCUUGAAUGCAGCAUUCAAAACAAGGUGAGCAGAAAAUCCUCUGAGACAUGUUUGUGUUUUUUAUCGUCUUCCUGCUUCUGGAUACGUGGCGUUUUGUUCCAGAACUUCCACAACUGCAGGUUUAUUCUUGUGUUUCGGACUCCUGUAACAUUUCCCUCUGUUUUCUGGGAAGAGUUUGAUUCUCAGGAGUGUUUGUGAUUUGUUCUACUGGCUGACUUUCAGGACAUUGUUUGUUUAACAUGUGCACUAAAUGAAGCUUUUUAGCACACAAUUGUGACCCUCUUUCACCACAUAUAAAAGGAGAGGUGUUCAACAUUUAGCUGCAAUCACAAAUGCGGGGUGAAUUUAAAGGUUUAUUAUAAACUAUUAAAUGCUAGCUUAGGAGAAAACAAAUAUCACUUAAGUAACAACAUGGUUCAAUGUUUAAGGAUGUACUCAAAGAUGUACAAUUUAAAAUGAUUCUUAAACUGAAACUGUAGUGAUAGCGCGAGAGAAAAGCACUAAACUUGUCAGACUGCUGCAAACUUUUGAUUUAAGACCAGAGGAAAAGACUGCUGUAUGUUGUAUCACUGUGGGAAUGGAAUUAAACAGGUCUAAUAAUGAGCAGAAAGUCGACUAGAGUCUGAAUCUGAUCAUGUUUGAUGCCGUAUUGGAUAUAAUGUGUCUGUAAUGAAAGUUUUCUGUUAGUUCAUAUAAAAUGUGCUGUUUAUUUUGCCUAAACACGUCAGAUUUAUCUGCUUCAGAAUGUGAUUAGAAGAACAAAAAUGGUCAGAAAUCAACUUGAUUCCCAUUUUGGUUUUGGAGUAUAUCCUCGAGACAUUUCUCUCAAACAUGGCACUUAACAAUCUACUAAAUCAGCUUCAAUUGUUUGUAUACUUUCAAUAAAAUGUUAUAUUUCCUUUAGAAGAAAGCUCUGUUGCAAUGAAAGGUCAGUUUCUGUGUCUUUACGGGAGUUUAAAGUUAAUUAUUUGAAA